UAUGGUAGUGUCAGGGGGUAUGUGAACAGUGUGUGUGUACGGAGGAGGAGGACGGCGUUGGAGGGGGCAGGGAGCGGACUCAUGGUGGCUCGCUGUGUUCUGUAUUCCUUCUAGUAGAGCGGACUGUCUCCUGCCUGAGCCGGAUCACUGAGCGGGGCAGGAUGAGCCAAUCAGACGGCCAGAAGGGGUCUGAGAGCCCCGGAGCGGCCCCGGUGGCGCCCCCCGAGGAGCCCGGGAUGAUCAGUGUGGACUUUGCGGCUCUCUUCUAUCAGUUCGCUAAGACUUUGGUGCUGAUCUUCCCGGUGUAUGUUCUGGGCUACUUCGGGAUGAGCUUCAGCUGGCUGCUGGUGGCCCUUCUCUUCCUGAGCUGGUGGAAGAAGAACCGGGGCAGCAAGACUUCCAGGUGGCACCGGGCGCUGGCCUUCCUGGAGAACGAGGAGAAGACGGUCCAGCAGAAGAUUGGCACCGCCGACCUACCUGCCUGGGUCCAUUUCCCAGAUAUUGAAAGGGCAGAAUGGCUAAACAAGACAGUCAAGCACAUGUGGCCGUACAUCUGCCAGUUCAUAGACAAGCUGUUCAGAGAGACCAUAGAGCCAGCAGUGAGGGGUGCAAAUGCCCAUUUGAGUACUUUUAGCUUUACUAAAAUUGAUAUGGGCUCUCAGCCAUUAAGAGUGAAUGGGGUGAAAGUGUAUACAGAAAAUGUGGACAAGAGACAGAUCAUCUUGGAUCUUAAGAUAAGUUUUGUAGGAAACACAGAGAUUGAUUUGGAAAUAAAGAGAUAUUUCUGCCGAGCUGGAGUAAAGAGUAUCCAGCUUCAUGGUACAGUGAGAGUCAUUCUGGAACCGUUGAUUGGAGACAUCCCAAUAAUUGGAGCAUUGUCCAUAUUUUUCUUGAAGAAACCGCUCCUGGACAUCAACUGGACAGGACUAACAAAUCUUUUGGACAUUCCUGGAUUGAAUGGCAUAUCUGAUACCAUAAUAUUGGAUAUUAUUUCCAACUAUCUGGUUCUUCCCAAUCGUAUUACUGUUCCUCUAGUGAGUGACAUCGAGCUUUCACAGCUACGCUUCCCAAUACCUAAGGGAGUUCUUCGGAUCUCUUUUAUAGAAGCGCAGAAUCUGAUGUGGAAAGACACAUACAUGAAAGGACUGGUCAAAGGAAAGUCUGACCCAUAUGGUGUUAUCAGGAUUGGCAAUCAGGUUUUCCAGAGCAAAGUCAUUAAGGAGAACCUGAACCCCAAAUGGAAUGAAGUGUAUGAGGCAUUAAUAUAUGAACAUCCUGGGGAAAUGUUGGAGAUUGAGCUCUUUGAUGAAGACACGGACAAGGAUGAUUUCCUGGGCAGUCUGAUGAUUGACUUGGAGGAGGUGGAGAAGGAGAGAGUAGUAGAUGAGUGGUUCGAUCUGGAUGAAGCUACAACUGGGAAACUUCAUCUAAAACUCGAGUGGCUUUCCCCAAAGUCCACCACAGAGAACCUGGACAAUGUUCUGUCGAGCAUUAAGGCUGAUAAGGAUCAGGCAGUUGAUGGUCUCUCUGCUGCUCUGCUGGUCCUGUACCUGGACUCUGCUAGAAAUCUGCCUAAUAAUCCAUUAGAAAUUAACCGAGAUGGUAUGAAGAAGUCUGCCGUUGACAAAGCUAAAAAGUCAGGAAAGAAGAUUGGCAGCACGCCUAAUCCCUUUGUGCUGUUUUCUCUGGGCCAUAAUGUACAGGAGAGUAAGGUCAAAUACAAGACCGUCGAGCCAGUAUGGGAACAGACAUUUACUUUCUUUGUCCACAAUCCUAAAAGACAAGACCUAGAAGUUGAGGUGAAGGAUGAAUACCAUCAAACUUCUAUGGGAAAUCUGAAGAUUCCACUGACCCAACUGCUGACCAGUGAGAACAUGACCAUUAAUCAGAGGUUUCAGCUAAACAAUUCUGGUCCAAAUAGCACGCUGAAGAUGAAGAUUGCACUCAGGGUAUAUUAUGUGGACAAACCUGUGCGGUCUCCUGAUGAACAGUACACAUCCCAAGUAAAGAGGCCGUCUAUUUUCAAAGGAAAGAAUCCGCCAACUCCAGCUCCUUCCCCUUCAUCAGCAGAUGCACAGAAGCCUCCCCCUACACCCAAAAUAGAUGCCAAAAAAAAAGACAGAAAAGGUGAAAAAGAAAGCCCCCCAAGUGCUAGCCCCCAGAGACCAACAGAACUAAACAAAAGCUCUUCCAGCCUCUCAGGUUCCAGCUUUACAUAUUCUCCUUCUCACUUGUCCACAAAGGAGCCAACUCCCAGCAUUGCCUCGGACAUCUCCUUACCCAUAGCCACUCAGGAGCUUCGCCAGCGAUUGCGGCAACUUCAAAAUGGCACAUCCUUGGGCCAGUCCCCUCUAGGACAAAUCCAAUUAACCUUGCGGUACACCUCUCACAGAAACAAACUUGUGAUCGUGGUACAUUCCUGCCGUAAUUUGAUAGCCUUCUCUGAAGAUGGAUCCGAUCCAUAUGUAAGAUUGUAUUUAUUACCAGACAAGCGAAUCGGAAGAAGAAAAACCCACGUGCUUAAGAAGACAUUAAAUCCUGUAUAUGAUCUAAAAUUUGAGUUCAGCGUGGCGCUGCCAGAUCUCCAUAGGAGAACACUAGAUGUUGCUGUGAAAAAUAGUGGAGGAUUCUUAUCUAGGGAUAAAGGUUUGCUUGGAAAGUUAUUGCUGGACCUAAACUCAGAAGAAAUUGCCAAAGGAUGGACGCAGUGGUAUGAUUUAACUGAAGAUGGAUCAAGGACUUCAGCUUCCACCUAACCUGCCUACCUGUCUCAAGGCCUCUUUUACCUUCAGCAUCAGAGAAUAAAUGCACCGCACUCACAGGAUUUUCCUAUAUAUAUAUUUUUUUAUAGUUCCAUUUAUUUCAUGAGUCUUCUGCACACUUCUUUUUCUCCCCUUUUAGAUUGUUUUGCAGACCUUGCCAUAUACUGUCAUGAAGCUUAGCUGUGCAGCUUUGUUCUCAAUCUAAUAAUGUGCAAUAGGGUGUUUUAAUUGCAUUAAAAAAAUCAAGGUAUUCUUUUACAAAGCCGGGAAUAUGAUGUGUGCUUACAGCAGGUGGAGUUUUGUAUUUACCACCAUGUAAAUAUGUACUAUUAUAUUUUGUAUUUUUUAUUUUUUUUUGGUGCAGUAUUGAUUUGGAUUACAGUUAUAAUGACAUUCAGUUCUAGAGGGCCAGACAAUGCCAAGUUCUUGAGCAGAUGGAUUAGUGUAAACUCUACAUUGCUGAUCCUUUUAGCUGUGUGGAUUACAGAGGCAGUUCGUUGUUUGCUGUUUCAAUGUUACUGUAAUGGAUGCUGCCCUUACUGAGGAUCUCCUUUUAAUCAGAUGUUCACACAGAGGCCGUAAGCAGCUUCUAAAUUAAUGGCUGAUUUUAAUAUGACUAUGCUUAAGACCUGCAGGAGAUGAUUAUCCUGUGUAGUUGGUAUGCUGAGAUUAUUGUGAAUAUUUUUUACUUUAAAUAAGUCGGCUAUAUUGUA